AUGGGCGAGGAGGCUCUCCGGAACAAGCCAACAGACGCAGACAUCCGGCGCCUUUUCCAAGAGACCAUCCUCACGAGGGAGCCAUUCACAUCCACCCACCAAGUCAUGUUCUGCACCGUCCCACUUGCUGCUAAGGUUAUCACAUUUGCGUUCGAUGAGCUGCUGUACUCGCCGCGCAGAGCCCGCACGACGAAGCUAUCGAUCAUCAUGACUGGAGGCAUCAAGAUUGAAAGGGACUGGAACGAAAAUGCGUUCGAAAAGCGCGGCCGCAUGAGAUUCUUCAAGAAUGGCGACGAGGAGGUCCCGGGAGCGCUGCUGUGGGAGGCCGAGGUUGGCUUGGAUGCCUCGGGCCGUAAGGAGCUAAAGAACAAUACCAUUCACGUUUGGGUCCCCCACAAGCCUGGCGUCGGCAACGAGGACGAAGAGGCCCACCUGGGCUGGCACUACGUUGAGUGGUUUAAGGAGUGCCUGGAGGUCGGCAACAAAAAGCCUCGCCAGCCCUCGGCCAGGUACUUCAAAGACGUCCCGUUCAGCGACGAGCCGAGGGUCUGGGAUACCUCCGACAACCAGGUCAACAGCAUUGCCAUAGCGAUGAUGCACCUCCUGGGCCUCCGCAUCGCCAAAGUCGAUCCUUCCGAUGAUAAAGAGACUAGCCUUCAGAAGCUGCUGCAGGACGACAUCGUGAAGGGCUACUGUAUUGCAGAGUGGAAGGUUACCGACGCGGACAAGCCUCCGUUCUUCUCGAUGGGGCUGCUGUUCUGGGCCAUCACUUGCCCUGCAGAGCUGGCGGCCAAGAUCAUGGGAUAG